AUGAUGCACGAGGACUUCUUCACCUUGACAGAGAUGAAUAAUGGGCUAACAGUCCCUGUUCGUGUCACUGAAUUUCUGGCUCUACUGGAGAAAGAGAGAGACUAUAUUGCAAAGAAUGUUGGCGAUGCAACCAGACAAUGGUCUGCAGUUGCCAAGACUAUAGCUGCCACAGAGAAUAAGGACUGUCUUGAUCUUUUUGUUCAGUUAGAUGGACUCCAACACUUGGAUAAAUGGUUAAAGGAUGCUAAAAAUUUCAGCAAUGACACAAAUGACAGCUCUGUGGAAGAGUGUAUCACUCAUUUACUCAGAGCACUUGAAAAGUUGCACAUAGACAAUGUAAAAUUGGUUUCUUGUGGAAUCUGGAUGACUGUUGAGGAUCUCCUUGGCCAUAAUAGUCCCAAGGUACAGCAUAGGGCCAAAAUUCUGUUUGAAAGCUGGAAAAAAGAUAGAGACAAGAGUGCAUCUUUCCAGAAUGUUAAAAUAGUCGGAGAAUUGACUGAUGGUGAAGUUAGAGUAAGCGCAGAUAUCAAGAGAGAUUCUGGCCGUAAAGAAUCUUCUUACGGAGAUGCUCCUUUACCCAGAGAGAGUUCUGAUGAAGAAAAACACCAGGAAUCAGAUGACCCAUUGCCAUCUACAAGUUUUGAUGCUCUCCAAAAUAACAAGGUUGAAGAUGCCUUGGCCUCUGAAAGGACUUACCAACCAACUUCAAAUGAUACACCUAUAGAUCAUGUCGUCUCACCUUCCUUCCCAAAAGCUGUUAAUGAAAAUAUUUGUGAUACGGUAGAUCCUCUAUGCAUUUCAAAAGAUUCUACUUCAACUGCAUCGUGCAGUUCUGCAGUUCAAAGGCAAGAUACGGGUGAUGGACGGAAAGAGUUUCAUGAGUCGGAGUUUGAUUGUGAGGUAAAGCGAACCCCAAACAGUAAAAGUUCUCCGGAGAAACUAGGCAUGGUUGAAUCAAAACUAUUAGAAGACGGAGCUUUUCCUUCGUGUUCUUUUGCUUCAAUAGGGUUGAAUUCGGUGUCUGAACCUAGUUUACAGAAAUUUGCUGAUGCUUCAGAUAAAGAUUCUUGCCAGAAAUGUUCGUCUUGUGACGACAUGACGGCAAUUGUCUCCAAGGGGGGUGCCAUGGAGAUUGGAGAAUGUGCAAAUCAACUCAGAAUUAAAGAAGGCGGUGACUGUAAAUCUGACGACGAUGAGCGAAGUUGGGAAAAUCUCAAGGAUUCCAGGACAAUUUUAUCGAGGAUCAAAGAUGCUGUAGGAGUAGACAAACCUGACCAGCAUGUUACCGGUGAAAGUGAUGAUGAUUUGGCAAAUGAUUAUAAUUUUGUGAAAUGCCCAAUGGAUCGAGAUCCUGACAAAUUUGAUGUAAAGUCUAAUAUUGAACAAGACUAUGGAAUUGUAGAUCCACUGGAACUUGCACGGCAAGUUGCCAUAGAAGUGGAGAGAGAAGUAGAUCUCAGAGAACAUAGUCUCAGUCCACACGACGAAGUACGGGAAGAUGAAAUACAGCAGCCAGAUAGCCCAGACAUUGUAAGUAGAAUACAAUCGCAUGUCAGUGAGGGCUCUUAUAAGGAGGAGGAAACUGAGCCUGCUCAGUCCACAGAAGCAUCACCAAUCCAAGAAGAGUCUGGGCUAGAUGCUGAUGAGAAAGAUGGCACACAAGAUAUGGAAACCUCUUUGAUAACCGAGGUGGCUCCAGAAGAAUUCAAUUCAGAGAGAGGCUUAUGUAAUUUUGAUCUGAACCUUGAAGUUUGUUCUGAAGACACGUACAGUGUGGGGAAUCAAAGUUCUACACCUCUCUCUAUUGUUUCUGCUUCAACAGUAGCAGCAAAUCCUGGAUUGCAUGUUGCUCCAUUGCAAUUUGAGGGCAAUCUUGGAUGGAAAGGUUCUGCUGCAACAAGUGCUUUCCGUCCAGCAUUGCCUUGUCACAUACAUGAAGAUCAUAAAGGUAAGAAACCGCAAGGAUGUUUUGACAUUGAUUUGAAUGUAGCUGAAAGUGAAGAUGACAGAGGAAACCUACCACCAGAUAAACAGGGCCUCGUCCAUUCCACCCUUCCUUCCAGGGAACCUUUGGCAGAAGCUAGUUCAAUAUCAGAACAUCUUGGCUUGGAUCUUAAUCGUGCAAGUGAAGAUGGUGAUUUUACAUCACAGGCCGAGGGACAGCUCUCUCCCCAUAGGAAUGCCCAUCGUAGUCAAUCUCAUCCUUCGUCUUCAUCAUCAAAACAGCCUUCUUUAAGGAAUUUUGAUCUGAAUGAUCAGCCGCCCUUUCUCAAUAAUUUGUUGGAUCAUUCCUGUUUUACUAAGCCACCUGAUAAUUCUAAUGUAAUAUCCAUUAUGGGCACUAAGGUGGAGGUCAAGAAUAAUGAUUUCAUUCCUGAACCUCUUCCCUUGCCAGAUGUAAGGACUCCGGAGCUUGCACUGGACAUAAACUUGGGAAGAUCAUGUAGUGUUCCGGGAAGUGGAUCUGUAAUUUACAAUGUUCCUACUGUUUACAGUUACAAUGGCCAUGCUCCCGGGCCUGAUACACCUUUCACAUCCAGGAUGUACAGGCCGAGUGGGCCCAUUCCAUAUGUGGUGGAUUCUAAAGGAGCACAUGUUGUCCCUCAUAUUGUGGGCUCUGCUUCAUCUCUUCAGCCUGCUUUCUUAACCAUGGAAGGAUCAACUGCUUUAAAUGGAGUCGGACCUUCUCGAAGUAGUUUUGAUUUCAUCUCUGGGUUGACAUUGGAAGGAGGACGCGGGGAUCCUGCAGGCUUGAGACCGUUCUUCAGUUCAGUUAAAGGGGAGCUGAUAGAGCUAAAUAAUGAUGGGUAUUGUGAUUGUAACAUGAUUCUUGAGAUAAAUCAUCCAGAGAG